CCACUCGAUCCCCAUCUCGUACCACAACUGUCCCCCCAGUAUGUGAAACACUACAAUGAGCACAUAAGACACCAGGUACCGAUCCACCGUCGACCACCUACAGCGUCGAGGCCCGUACCGCCUCCUUCUCCUAUUCACUGGGAUAUCGCCCCUAUUUCGGUUAGUAAGUGUAAAGAUGUCUCUGUCGAAAGGAAGGAGUCGCAGGGCUCUGCCCUCCAGAUACGGUACUUUGUGCCGUUCGGCGAUCGGCCACCACCGGGCUGGCCCGUGGUGAUCUACUUCCACGGCGGGGGUUGGAUGCUUGGAGAUCUGGACAGCGAAAACCCUUUGUGUACUAGGCUAUGUAUGGAGGCAAACGCCGUAGUAAUUAUGACAGAAUAUAGGCUCGCUCCCGCCCAUCCUCAUCCGGCGGCGAUUGAGGAUUCGUUGGAAACAUUGCUGUGGGUGAAGUCACAGAAGGAUUGUGGUCUGCACCUAGACUUGACGAAGGUGGUAGUAGGGGGUCAAUCUGCCGGGGCGAAUAUUGCUGCGGUGGCGGUGCAU